CUCACCAUGGUUUAAGUAGCGAUGCAUCUCUCAGUUUUGGUUGAACUCACUGCAUGCAUGUGGUGUGGCAUUGGACUCAAUCUAUCAAAUCCGUCAUAUACCCAACGUGGCACUCUCCAGCGCAACUAACCCCUGCCCAACCGGCGUCACAAGUACUUCGGACAGACAGAGGCAGAUACAAUACACGCAAAUAAAUACGCGGUGGACAGAUGAGAGAAUGAUCAGUCGAUAUAUCGCCGUCACACACACGGAUGGAAUGGAGAUGGAGCCGAUGUCUUGAAUCAAUCACACACACGAACGAGAGAUUCGUCGCACUACUGACUCCCACGCCCCCAUCCCACGGUCUUACAAGGACGAAGCCACGGGGGGCACACAAGUACAUAUCGUACCGACACACAUGUAUGUAAUCAAUCCACAAUCAAUUCAAGUCAGUCACAGCAAAGCCAGGCAGCCGCGAUCAGUCGCUUGGUCAGCCAGCCAGUCAGUCAGUCAGUCGGGCAGGAGGAUGACCUUGAUGGACUCGGAGGACUUGUUGACCAUCUCAAUGCCCUCGACCACCCUGCUCAGGGGCAGCCGGUGGGUCACGAUCUCUGAAAAAGGCAGGCCGUGACAGUCAUGCAAGGGCGUAUGUAUUCUCUGGCUGUCUGCCUGUACGUAUCGCGGUCACCUUCAACGGGUAUCUGUUUCUUCUCAAUCAUGCUGAUUGCCUUGGGGAACGUCCUGGUGUGAUAGGGAGAGAGGGACGAGACAUCCGUGGUGAUCCAUGUGUGUGCACUGCACCGACCAACCCACUGACCUGGGUGAGAGGUGUCCACCCACGAUGGUGAGCUCCUUGCAAUCGCCAAUGAUCGACCAGUCAGCCGUCGUCUCCUGCCACAUACGCACACGCAAACACACCCCCUAAUCGCCGUCCGUCUUGUCGACACGCACACUGCUGUCUUCGUCUGCAGGUGUGCUCGAAGCACCUACCUUGCCGAACACGGAGAACUCAACGAAUCGGCCCAUUCUGGCGAUCAUGUCCAGCCCCUGCCAGGCCAGGCAGACACAUUCAUCAAUCAGCCGACCAACAACAACCGACACUUUGGCGUGGAGAGCAUAUGGUUGAGUGUAUCGGGGUACCUGCACGACUGAGUUGGGGUGUCCCGUGGCUUCGAUAUAGACGUCACACCCAUAGCCGCCUGACAACCGCAUGACCUCCUUGACCACAUCACAUUUGCCUGUAGGCAUGGAUCCGUUCACCACUGAUGGACAGACACUGCCAACCGGCCCCUUGCACCCUCUCACUUGGGUUGAGGACCACAUCAGCGCCGCAUUUCUUGGCCACCUCCAGCUUCCAGUCGUACAGAUCAAGCGCUAUCUAAAUCGACCACACACACAACACUUACAGGCGUCUGAUUCGCAGCUAGCACUCUCCGCACACAACUCCUUUUCUGUGGCACCGACCGCACCAGAAGCUUGGGUGACUUUUGCCUGACGCCGCCGACCAUGCCUAGACCGAUAGGACCUGCAUGCCAUGCACCACAUGGCACGUGAGAGAUCGCAUGGGCGUGUGUGUGUCUUGUCUUGAGUUCUUGCUUCCUGGCUGGCUGGCUGGCUGGCUUGCUGACUGACUGACCGCAUCCCGAGACGACCACAAUGUCGGAGAACUGAACCGCACCCAACUCCACGCCAUGCAACGAACAGGCGAGCGGCUCAGUGUAGACGGCAUGCUCCUGAAAUGACGCAAGCAAACAAACGCCACCACCCGCCCAUGCCUUCUUGCUUUCGACUUCCUCUGGGCAUUCACCCACCCCACCCCACACCUACCGGGGGCACGCUCUUGUCGAUCUUGUGGUUCCUCGCCCUCGCAGGCAGCAGCACAUAGUCAGCCAUGGCCCCCUGUGUGCACUGGUGGAACCCAUAGACGUCGUGCGGAAUGCACAUCUGAUACGCCCCCCUCUCGCAGUAUCGGCAGACGUCGCAGGGGCAGAUCUGCUCGGAUGUCACUUGGUCGCCGAGCGAGAUCCCGUGCUUCUCCCCCGCCCCCUCGCCCAACGCCACAACAUUGCCCACGAACUCAUGACCGGGACGGACAGGCGGCUCCACGUACCUCGGGGUCUUGCGGCCAUCACCCCAGAAGCGCGGCGCCCCGGCAAAGCACUUGGCGUCACCCGCACAGAUGCCUGACAGAAGGGGGAAACCAGCAGGGAAUCAUCAUUUGAAGAUCUAUGGCAGACACGCGAAGUGCGCGAGCACCUAUGGCGGAGACCUUCAGCAGCACCUCCCCCGGCCCUGGUGCCGGUACUGUGAUGCCGUCCUCGUGGCGGUAGUCACCGGGCCCGUAGCACACGACCCCUCCCAUCGUCGAUGGCACAUCCUCACCAUAAACCGCCAUUGUUGUCAUUUCCUUUCGCGCUCAGCCUCCUCCUGUUGGUCGGCGAUUCGAAUUCAUCUACGAGAGCAGGAGAGAGAGAGAAUCUCUUCGCUUCCAAGCUUAGUGGUUUGGUAGGGCAUGUGAUAGUCGCUUGUGUGAUUGCGUUUGAUGGGCUGUUCGGUUUAUACCAGAGUGUUGCUAUCAUCCAUGCCGUAUGGUGCGCAUGUGUUUCUGCGAUCGCUUGUGUCUUUGCGUGUGCAAAUCCAUACCGACUCUACAUCAGACGUGCUGG